AUGGUGCUGGUGCUGGUGGUGCUCAUCCCGGUGCUGGUGAGCUCCGCCAGGCCCGACGGCCGCUAAGAGAUGCUGGGCACCUGCUGGAUGGUCUGCGAGCCCUACGGCCCCACCGCCCCCCCGCAGCCUGCCAAGAGUGGCCCCCUCCCGCUGCCCUCCACACUUGUGCAAGGUCUGCAAGGAAAACUGGGCAGACCGGAGAAACCAGGACCGCUGGGACCACCCGGAGAACCGGAGCCGCCGGGGCCACUGGGGGCGGGGAGCACGGCCACCUACAGCACAGUGUCGAGGGUCGCUUUCUACGCCGGGCUCAAGAACCCCCACAAGGUGCUCAAGUUCGACGACGUGGUCACCAACCUGGGCAACAGCUACGACGCUGCCUCGGGCAAGUUCACCUGUGCCAUCCCUGGCAGCUACUUCACCUACCACGUCCUCAUGCGCAGCAGCGACGGCACCAGCAUGUGGGCAGACCUCUGCAAGAAUGGGCAGGUCCUGGCCAGCGCCAUCGCGCAGGACACCGACCAGAACUACAACUACGCGAGUAACAGCGUCAUCCUGCACCUUGAUGCAGGGGAUGAGGUGUUCAUCAGGCUGGACGGGGGCAAAGCCCAUGGCAGCAACAACAACAAGUACAGCACCUUCUCCGGCUUCAUCAUCCUCUCAGACUGA